AUGGCUACCGACACAAUUCCUCACAAUUCGUUCGACACGAUUCUCGUGUUGGACUUCGGUUCCCAAUACACCCACCUCAUCACCCGUCGCUUGCGAGAAAUCAAUGUCUACUCCGAGAUGCUUCCCUGCACCCAGAAGCUCGCCGAUCUCGGCUGGAAGCCCAAGGGUAUCAUCCUCUCCGGCGGCCCUUACUCCGUCUACGAGGACGGCGCCCCUCACGCCGACCCCGCCUUCUUCGACCUCGGUGUCCCCAUCCUGGGUAUCUGCUACGGCCUGCAGGAGCUCGCACACCGUCUGCACGCGGACAACGUCGUUGCGGGAACAGCGAGGGAAUACGGUCAUGCCGAUUUGAAGGCUACCAAGUUCGGUGGCCAUGUUGAUAAGCUGUUUGAGGGUCUUGAGGGUGAUAUGACUGUUUGGAUGUCCCACGGUGACAAGCUCCGUAACCUGCCCGAAGGAUUCCACACCAUUGGAACCACCAAGAACUCGGAGUAUGCGGCUAUUGCGCACAAGUCGGACCCCAUCUAUGGAAUUCAAUUCCAUCCCGAAGUUACUCACACCCCUCAGGGCGGUCAACUCCUCAGGAACUUUGCUGUCGGUAUUUGCGGUGCUGAACAGAAGUGGACCAUGGCAGAGUUCAUCGGUCAAGAGAUUGCUCGAAUCCGUUCUCUCGUCGGCCCCGAUGGUCAGGUGCUUGGUGCUGUCAGCGGUGGUGUAGAUUCCACUGUUGCCGCUAAGCUGAUGACCGAGGCCAUCGGAGACCGAUUCCACGCUGUUCUUGUGGACAACGGCUGCAUGCGUCUCAACGAGUGUGAGAAGGUUCAGGAUGUUCUUGAAAAGCAGCUCGGAAUCAACCUGACUGUUGUUGAUGCCGGUGAUGAGUUCCUUGCUGGCCUGAAGGGCGAGCAUGACCCUGAGAAGAAGCGCAAGUUUAUCGGAGGAAAAUUCAUCGACGUCUUUGAGGACGAGGCCAAGAAGAUUGAGGCUAAGAGUUCUGGAAAGGUCGAAUGGUUCCUUCAGGGCACUCUUUACCCUGAUGUCAUUGAGAGUAUCUCAUUCAAGGGUCCUUCGCAAACUAUCAAGACCCACCACAACGUCGGCGGUAUCGCAGAGCGCCUGAUGCGCGGCCACGGCCUCAAGCUCAUCGAACCCCUCCGCGAACUCUUCAAGGACGAAGUCCGUGAGCUCGGCCGUCAACUCGGCAUCUCUCCCGAGCUAGUUGGCCGCCACCCCUUCCCCGGUAUGCUUCCCAAAUCUUUUCUAUACCUAGGCUCGACUAAUUGUUAUAGGCCCCGGUCUCGCCAUCCGCGUGCUCGGCGAAGUCACCAAAGAGAAGGUCGAAAUGGCCCGCAGAGCCGACGACAUCUUCAUCUCCAUGAUCCGCGAAGCCGGUCUCUACGACGACAUCGGCCAGGCCUACGCUGCCCUCGACCCCUCCCGCGCCGUCGGCGUCAUGGGCGACAAGCGCGUGUACGCAAAUAUCAUCCUCCUCCGCGCCAUCUCCACAAAGGACUUCAUGACCGCUACCCCUUACCCCUUCGCAUACGACUUCCUGUCCAAGGUAUCAACGCGGAUCGUCAACGAGGUUCCUGGUGUGUGCAGGGUUUGCUAUGA